AUGCUUCAUUCAUUCACGUGUGCUCUACCCAAAGACAGGUCCUUGGCUCGUGAUCUGCUGAUGCUUCAUCCUGAACUGUUUUCUUGGCAGUUUCUGUCACUGGUGGUUUUCCAUUGGCUUCCACUUGGGCUGGGUGAGGAGAUAGAUCCCAAGUCUGCCUCAUGUCAGAACAGGAAUUGAACCAAUGCUGUUUGUGUUAUUCCCAAUACCAUAUAGUGCUUAAUGAAAUUGCAUUACUCUUUCUCAUCCCAGAGAUAUACAGCUACUGUUUAAUGAUGUAUUGACACACUAGUGGGAAGGUAUGCACAGAAAUUCUGCACAUGAUAUGGAUAUUGGCGAGAAGGUUUCACUGCUCAAGUCUCUUCAAGCUGAGCUAGAACCAGAUGUACGAAUUACAUCGGUCCAUCUGCCAUUGGCUCUGCUAUUGACCUUUGUGUAUCACGGUUAGGACAGGGCCAGUGAUGAAGCGUCCAUUUCCCGGAUGUGUCGUUCUGCCCAAUGGAUCUUUCAACCAAGCUUCCCCGGUUCAACAGUCUCACAGAGACCAACAGCACAGACAGUUCCAACACUGUGACCACCAUCAUCGCCAACCAAACCAGGGUCACUCCGCAAGAUUGGGCCAGAGACCAGGCUGACACCAACUCCCUGCUCCAUGGCAUGGCCUUGGCUUGCAAAGCUCUCAUCCUCCUGCUCAUCUUCCUGCUCUCCUGUCUGGGCAAUUCAGCUGUCAUAGUGAUGAUCGUCAAACACCGGCAGCUCAGGACAGUGACCAAUGCCUUUAUCCUGUCUCUAUCCCUGUCUGACCUCCUCACUGCCCUGCUCUGUGUGCCCUUCUCCUUCAUCAUGCUGUUCACCCAGGAAGGGGUCUGGAUCUUUGGUGACCGUUUCUGCAUUGCUAAUGGCUUCUUCAACUCCUGCUUUGGGAUAAUCUCCACCCUCACCAUGACGCUCAUCUCCUUCGAUCGUUACUAUGCCAUUGUCAGGCAACCCCAGGAGAAGAUUGGGCGACGUAGGGCCACCCAGUUACUAGUUGCCGUCUGGUUGAUUGCAGUCCUUUUCUCUUUCCCCUGGUAUCUCAUGACACAAGCCAAUGGUCCACUGGUUGUCCACAAGAAGGGGUUCUACCACUGCAUGUACAUCUUCCACUCAGGCAACUCCCGGAUGGGCACCAGUUACAGCAUCACCCUCAUUGUCAUCUGCUAUCUUCUACCCUUCUCUCUGAUGUGUUUCUGCCACUACAACAUCUGUAAGACAGUCAGGCUGUCAGAGAUCCGAGUCCGCCCAGUCACCACUUACGCCCACCUACUGCGUUUCUACAGUGAGAUGAGGACAGCUACAACUGUAUUGAUCAUGAUUGUUUUCAUCAUCUGUUGCUGGGGCCCCUAUUGUAUCAUGGGCAUCAUCACUGCCACGGGCAACUUCCAUUUCACCCCCAUCAUGGAUACUGUAGCCAUUUUGCUAGCAUGGGCCAAUGGAGCUCUCAAUCCACUCAUCUAUGCUACCAGGAACCCCAAUAUCUCCAUUCUCUUGGGCAGAAAUAGAGAAGAUGGCUACAGGACUAGAAACAUAGCUGCAUACCUGUCCAGUCAGAGCCACGAGGCCAGGAGUAGGGUGGACAGAAUUAGGGAUCAGUAUGUCAGUCGACAAGGGUCUGGCAGCAGGAUGUCUUCCUCCAGCCCUGCAAAUGGAGAUGUUGCAAUGUGGGCAUGUAGAAACCCAGCUGUGCUCUUCUGCAGAGAUGGACAACCAGAUACUGUGUCUGAGCCUGCCGUACCCAAAUCAGAGACUGCAAAUACAAGCCUUUAGACAAAUUUUUAAAUUAUUCAAUGGAGAUAUAUUUAUAAACAGAGAGGCUUUAAAUUCAAAGUCUUUCUUGAAAGUGCAGAAAUUUGUAGCAGUUUCUGAAAGAAAACUAGUAUAUGACGUAAUUAUAUUAAAAUAAAGUGUAAUUUGGAUUUGAGAUGGUAAAAUCCUAAAUUAACAAUUAGGAAGUAAAAAUUCAAUUCCGAACAAAAUAGUUUGAAGCACUAAUAGGAACUCUUGGAAAUCUGUCAUACACAAUACAAUAAUGAGAUGUAAUUUCAGACACUUAGCAGAUGUUCUGAAAUGUUGAGUGCAACAAGAUUGCAUCUUAGACCAAAUGAUAAUGAAAUAACUAAUGCUUGAAAAUUUUAGAUCAGUUCAGAAGGCAACUACAUUAUUUUCAGUUGUUACAUAAUGUGUGUCUUUUUAAUAUUUGAUUGAGUCUUUAGCAUACGGUAAUCAGAAUUGUCCCUGUUUGACAGUCUUAUCAUGAAUCUGAGGCAUACAGCCUGCAAAAUCCCAGCUUUGAUGUUUAUUUCGUACCCAAUCAUUUAAAAACAAUUUGCAUUUAUAUAAUACCUUAGGACACCCCAAAACAAUUUACAAACCCAAUGAAAUAAUUUAGAAGUAAAGUCAUUGUUGUAUGGUAGAGAAAAGCAACAACCAAUUUUACCAGACAAGGUCUGACAAACAGUAGAGUGAUACAUGAACAAAUAACUUAACUUUGGCAGUGUUAACUUGUUAAUAUGCUAAUAUGUUGUUCCGGACAUCCGACAAAAUCUCCUUCAAAAUGGUGCUAAAGGAUCUUUCAUAUUCACCUGAAGGGCCUCAGUUUAUUCUGAUCUAAAAUGCUGACUGUCCAGCACUACGUUUAGCACUAUGGUGUAAGUUUACUGAAUGUGUUUUGAUCUUUUCUGAAACAAUGGGUUUACUAUGAGUGGCCUCAGCAACACUUGAAGGAAAGUGAUCAAAUAUAGAUUUUGCUGUUAAAUGUCAUUACUGUGUUGGUUAGAUGGAGACAGGAUCAUAGUUGUGAUGAUUUACACCUCCACCUUCAGCCCUUCAUCCCCACACAACUGUAGCCAGCAUUUACUAUUGAAAUUCACAAAUGAUCCCUUGGGUUAGGUUUCAGAGGAUGAUUAUCACAAUGGAACCAUGAAACCAACUCCUUGGGAAAAGAGGGAAGAAAUUUGGUCAGAAUGUUGAAGUAGCGAGCAAGUGAUUAAAAACACACAAGAGUCAGUUAACACUAUAUGAUGCAAGGCUCAAAUAUUUCUGCCAUUACUUUACAAUGUUAGUAGGUGUACCUUCUGUAGUUACUAAUUAUGCGUCAAAACCAAAUAAGUGCCCAAAGUGCCAAAACAGUGAUUGAAAUUUUGUUUUAAACAAAGCAAUGGGUCUGUUUGGCAUACAUCAAUUGAAAACAAAAUCAUGUUAUUUGAGCCUUAUUUACUAGCAGUCAACUGGGAAAGUUGGUGCCUAUUUAAUUAACCAAAAAACUCUCCAGGAGUAAUGUCAGAGAUAUCAUUGUAAAUGUGUUACAUUUUAGAACAAUAUUUUUUUUUAAAGUGAAUACACAAAAGCUUAUUUAUGAAGCAAGUACCUUAGAGUGUAUUGUUUUCAAAUUCUAAAAUGUUCUGGUGGCCUCAUGUUUAUUGGUAUAAAGUUGUAAAUACAGUAUUGAUGCUUUACAGUGUGAUACAUUUUCAUUCCUCAAUUUCCUUUUGAAGACAAUAGUAAAAGGGAGGCAAACAUUUCCCUGUGCAGUGUUUUAAAGCUUAAGAUAAAUGUUAUCUUCAGAAUUUGCUAAUGUUUGUGAAAAAAUAUUUUGUAAGCAAAUCAGAAACAACUUCUGGUAUUUUAAUGUUGCUUUAUAUUCUAAGGAAAUGCAAGUUUAAUGCCCCAGAUUGCUGAAUGUUACUGUAUUACAUGAAACCAAGGAACAGAAAUUGUAUGUAUGCCAGUACAUGUUUUAAUCAUUAAAGCUUAAUUUUAAAAA